AUGUCUGCCGCCAUCCGCGAGUCCGCCGGCACAGAGGGUGUCGUUUCCUUCGUCAAGAAGCACGGGAGGCCAUACCCGGCCAUCGACCCCCUCCAGGCCGACCUGUCGGGCAAGACGGUCGUCAUCACCGGCGCGUCCAAGGGCUGCGGCCGCGAAGCGGCGAUCGCGUUCGCUCAGUCCGGCGCCAGCAACAUCGUCAUCACCGCGCGCUCGGACCUGUCGGACGUCGUGGCGGACAUCAAGAAGGCAGCCCUCGAGGCCGGGCGCGAGGCGGAGCCCAACGUGCUCAACGGCAGCGGGGUGGACGCCACGUCCGCCAAGGAUGUCGAGGGCCUGGCCAAAAAGGUGGCCGAGACUUUCGGCGCCGUCGACCUGCUCAUCAACAAUGCCGCGUUCCUGUCCGAGUGGGCGCCCGUUGCCGAGACCGACCCGGACGAGUGGUGGACCAACUGGGAGGUCAACAUCAAGGGAACCUACCUGUUCACCCGGUACUUCAUCCCGCUAGUGCUGAAGUCGUCGUCGCUCAAGACGGUCCUGAACAUCACCAGCAUCGGCGCCGUCAACAUCGGCGCGGGGGCCAGCGGGUAUCAGACGACCAAGUUUGCGGUGUGCCGGCUCACGGAGCACAUUGCUGCCGACUACGCCGACCAAGGGCUGAUCUGUGUUGCCGCGCAUCCCGGAUCGUACCUCACCGAGAUGGGCAAGAGGUUGCCCGCAUAUUUGCAUGACAAGCUCACCGACGACGUUGCGUUAUCCGGUCAGUGGAUGGCGUGGUUCGCACGUGAGAGGAGGGAGUGGCUCCAGGCGAGGUUCGUAGCGGCGACGUGGGAUGUCACGGAGCUCGAGGCACGGAAGGACGAGAUUGUCAAGGGGAAUAAGCUCAAGUUCAGAAUGGUGGUUUAG